GAUCCGCAGGCUCACCGGGGCGGGGGCAGCAUGAGCCCCAGCGCCGGGUGAUCGCCGAGAAGUAGCGCGCGCCGGGGCGAACUAGACGCUUUCCAAGUUGGGCGCGUCCCAGAGCUCGCUGCCCCGCGCCUCCGCCGCCCGUGUCCGGAGAGAGGCGGGGCCGAUGGGGGGCGCGGAGGCUGCCGUCGCCAGUGGCCACAGCCGGUCUUAAAAGAACCCGGCCGGCAUCUCCAGGGUCCCAGCCGGCGUCGCGCCUCCGGCCCGCGUGCGCUCCCUAAUGUCGACUCUGGCGGUGGCCCGGGUGGCCCGCCCGUGGGGGGUGCCGGAGGGGGCGGGGGAAGAGGAGGCGGUGUGAUGGCCCUGGACGGCGAGCAGGGGGAGCAAGAGGAGGAGAAGAAAAAGAAGAAGAAGAAAAAGAAGAGGAAGAAGAAGAAGAAGGAGGGGGCCGAGAAGCGCAGCUCACCUUUCACGGCCACGAUGGGGGACGAGGACGCCGCACGCCGGGCCGGCAGCAGGGGGCUCUCGGACCCGUGGGCGGACUCGGUGGGAGUGCGACCCCGCACCACCGAGCGCCACAUCGCGGUGCACAAACGGCUCGUGCUGGCCUUCGCCGUGUCCAUCGUGGCGCUGCUCGCGGUCACCAUGCUCGCGGUGCUGCUCAGUCUCCGCUUCGACGAGUGCGGGACCAGCGCAGCGGCGGGCGCGGACGGCAGCCCCGCGGGCUUCCCCGAGCGCGGCGGCAACGCGAGCCUCCCGGGACCAGCCCGGCGCGACCCCCACGCGGGCGGGGACUCCACGCAGCUCGAGGCGGGCAGGGCGGCCAGCCCGGGCACCCCGUCAGCCCAGCCGCCGUCGGAGGCGGAGCGGGAGCCGUGGCAGCCGUGGACCCAGCUGCGCCUGUCCGGCCACCUGAAGCCGCUGCACUACAAUCUGAUGAUCACCGCCUUCAUGGAGAACUUCACCUUCUCUGGGGAGGUCAACGUGGAGAUCGCGUGCCGGAACGCCACCCGCUACGUCGUGCUGCACGCGUCCCGGGUGGCGGUGGAGAAGGUGCAACUGGCCGAGGACCGGGCGGCCGGGGCUGUACCCGUGGGCGGCUUUUUCCUCUACCCACAAACACAAGUCUUGGUGGUGGUGCUGAAUAGGAGCCUGGACGCGCAGAGAAAUUACAAUCUGAAGAUUAUCUACAACGCCCUGAUCGAGAACGAGCUCCUGGGCUUCUUCCGCAGCUCCUACGUGCUCCACGGGGAGAGAAGAUUCCUCGGAGUCACUCAGUUUUCGCCUACACACGCCAGAAAGGCUUUCCCUUGCUUUGAUGAGCCCAUCUACAAGGCCACUUUCAAAAUCAGCAUCAAGCAUCAAGCAACCUAUUUAUCUUUGUCUAAUAUGCCGGUGGAAACGUCUGUGUUCGAGGAAGACGGAUGGGUCACGGAUCACUUUUCACAGACCCCUCUCAUGUCCACAUAUUAUUUAGCCUGGGCAAUUUGCAACUUCACAUACAAAGAAACUUCCACCAAGAGUGGGGUUGCAGUACGGUUGUAUGCGAGACCCGAUGCUAUCCGAAGAGGGUCCGGGGACUAUGCUCUCCACAUAACAAAGAGACUCAUAGAGUUCUAUGAAGACUACUUUAAAGUACCCUAUUCCUUGCCAAAACUAGAUCUUUUAGCUGUGCCUAAGCAUCCGUAUGCUGCCAUGGAGAACUGGGGACUAAGUAUUUUUGUGGAACAAAGAAUACUGCUGGAUCCCAGUGUUUCAUCUAUUUCUUAUUUGCUGGAUGUCACCAUGGUCAUUGUUCAUGAGAUAUGUCACCAGUGGUUUGGUGACCUUGUGACUCCUGUGUGGUGGGAAGACGUGUGGCUGAAGGAAGGGUUUGCUCACUACUUUGAAUUUGUUGGCACAGACUACCUCUACCCAGGCUGGAAUAUGGAAAAGCAGAGGUUUCUGACAGAUGUUCUGCACGAGGUGAUGCUGCUGGACGGUCUGGCCAGUUCCCACCCAGUGUCGCAGGAAGUGCUGCAGGCAACAGAUAUCGACAGGGUGUUUGACUGGAUCGCCUAUAAAAAGGGUGCUGCUUUGAUUAGAAUGCUGGCUAAUUUUAUGGGCCAUUCAGUUUUUCAGAGGGGUUUGCAAGAUUAUUUAACCAUUCACAAGUAUGGCAAUGCAGCCAGAAAUGAUCUCUGGAAUACAUUAUCAGAGGCUUUAAAAAGAAAUGGAAAAUAUGUAAAUAUCCAAGCAGUUAUGGAUCAGUGGACCCUCCAGAUGGGUUAUCCUGUGAUCACCAUCUUGGGAAACACAACCACCACCAACAAAGUAAUAAUCACCCAACAACAUUUUAUUUACGACAUCGGUGCUAAGACUAAAGCACUUGAACUUCGAAACAGCAGUUACCUGUGGCACAUCCCAUUAACUAUCGUGGUGGGAAAUAGAAGCCAUGUGUCUUCAGAAGCAAUUAUUUGGGUGUCUAACAAAUCAGAUAUGUUUACCACAAGCUCCAGUAAAUUGGAGGAAAAGGAAGCAAAGGAGGAAAAAGGGCCUGUUUGUGGUGGGGUGGAGGAGCGGCCGUGUGGCUCCCGUGGACAACUUUCGGCUGGCUAUUUGCCUCAGAAUAUUCCCCUGGAGAUUCUGAGAUACCUGUCUGCGGAGAAGGAUUUUCUUCCCUGGCACGCUGCCAGCCGAGCUCUUUAUCCUCUAGAUAAAUUACUGGACCGAAUGGAGAACUACAACGUCUUCAAUGAAUAUAUUUUAAAGCAAGUUGCAACAACAUACAUCAAGCUUGGAUGGCCGAAGAACAACUUCAAUGGCUCUCUUGUUCAAGCAUCCUACCAGCAUGAAGAACUGCGCAGAGAAGUCAUAAUGCUGGCUUGCAGUUUUGGCAACAAGCACUGUCACCAGCAGGCAUCAACACUUAUCUCAGACUGGAUUUCCAGCAACAGAAACAGAAUACCACUAAAUGUUAGAGACAUCGUCUACUGUACAGGAGUGUCACUACUGGAUGAGGAUGUCUGGGAAUUCAUAUGGAUGAAAUUCCACUCUACCACAGCAGUUUCUGAGAAGAAAAUAUUACUGGAAGCCUUAACUUGCAGUGAUGACAGAAAUUUAUUAAAUAGACUUCUAAAUCUGUCUCUGAAUUCGGAGGUGGUGCUAGAUCAAGAUGCAAUUGAUGUCAUAAUCCAUGUAGCUCGAAAUCCACAUGGUCGAGACCUUGCUUGGAAGUUUUUCAGAGAUAAAUGGAAGAUAUUAAAUACCAGGUAUGGAGAAGCAUUAUUUAUGAAUUCCAAACUAAUAAGUGGAGUCACAGAAUUUCUUAAUACUGAAGGUGAACUCAAAGAGCUAAGGAGCUUCAUGAAGAGCUAUGACGGUGUGGCCGCUGCCUCCUUCUCUCGGGCCGUGGAGACUGUGGAAGCCAACGUGCGCUGGAAAAUGCUGUAUCAAGAUGAGCUUUUCCAGUGGUUAGGAAAAGCUCUGAGACAUUAGCAUGUGUCUCUUACAAACAAUUCAAUUCAGAAUUUUGAGAGAAGACCUGCUUUAUGUGGAAUGAGGAAAAUGUUUUACAUGGAAAAUGGCCAAAUUUUCAGUGUUAACAUGUGGGAGGAAUUUUCUUUCUUUCUUUCUUUCUUUUUUUUUUUUUUUUUUUUUGGUUUUG